AAUGAUUUUACAUUCCAAGAUAAAUCAGAAGAUACUUCUGAUAGUAUAUUAGAAUAUAAUUCAGAUUCUAUUUCUGUUAUGCCUUUUGAAUCUUCAGCUUUAUAUAAUAAAUAUUCAUUAUUGUCUCUUAAUUUUAAAUAUACUACUUUAUUAUAUACUUCUGAAUCUUUAUAUAGUUCUGAACCACUUACUUUAGAUAAACCUAAAAAUCUUAUUUCUCAUUAG